UCUACGCUGCUAAAAUAGUUAUAAACAUUUAAUAAAUGCUUUAAAUAUGAGUGAAACUGAGUUGAAAUUGUGUAAAAUUUGUUUGAACAGCAAGACACAGACUGGGUUGUUCAAUAACCCACCUCUGAAUAAGUUUUUUAGUCAUGUUUUGGGGAUACAUAUGGCGUGUUUGCCCGCCCAGCCCCCGUAAGACCCUGCAAAAUAUACAAAAUGGAGGUUGGCAGAUGUGGCCAUUUUAUUUCCCUCCUGCUGCGGGAGUUCAGCACACGAAGGGUUACAGUCCAGUAACAAAAUCAAAAGUGGAAAAAACCAAGACAGUUAAUUUUCAAGUUGCACCCAAGACAGAACAUCCUAUAAGAACUUGGCUCUGUGCGUGGUGCGGUUCCACGUUAAAGAAGAUUAUGAGGCUGGUGCAACUUGCUGAGGAGUCCCACGCCUACCUGUCUCAGGUCAAACUGAAUAAGGAAGAACAUAGAAUAAGCCAUUUUGUUCUCUCUUUCCACCACAACGAACAUACAGACAUUCCUCCUUCACCAACAAAAGACACAAGAAAAACUAAACUCAAAACAAAACAUAAAAUUAAAAACAAGCUAAAACAUUUAAAAGAAACUGAAAACGUACAAGUUGAAAAUAAUGUAAAUGAAUAUGAAAGUGAAUAUAAAAUUGAAGAAAUAAAAUUAGAAGCAGUAGAUGUUGAUGGAGCUGAUGAUGACAUUGAAAACGAUGAAUUUAAUGAUUUUGAAAAAGACACAGAUGAAACGCUCGAUACAGAUAUUUUAGACAGACCUAAAAGAAAAGUUAAUCCUAAAUUAUAUGCUAAAUGUGAACAGUAUAAUUUUACGCUGAAGGUGUUAAGCAUAGAAGAGCAGAGAACAGAAUUGGAAGAGAAGAAGAAAUCGGAGAAGUAUUUGAGCAGGAAGUACAAGUGUGAGUUUUGUGGUAUCAGUUUUGUGACGAAAGAUGUUUUUGAAGAACACAACCAGAGGCAUCAGGAGUCCCACAGCCCUCAUGAAUGCCCGCUAUGCCGCCUCCGCUUCAGCACCGCUUUGGUGCUCUCACAGCACGUGUUGGCACAUGCGCGUCGCUUCACUUGUCGUCUGUGCGGCGCCGUCGUUACACGAUAUAGCGAUUGCGAGAGCCACCGGCGUAAGUGCGGCCAGGCGUCUCCUGGUGUUUGUUCGCUCUGCGGGAAGAUUUUCACAAAUCAGAAUUCGUUGGACAACCAUGUAAGGGGUGUGCACUACAGAAAAGAAAAGAAGUUUGUGUGUUCGUAUUGCAAUCAGAAGUUUCAGACCAAGCAGCGACUCGCCAUACAUACCAGGACGCAUACUGGCCUAAAACCAUACACCUGCGAGCUAUGCGGACGCUCUUUCGCUGCCAACUCUAACCUACGGAAUCAUCUAGCUGCACACGCACAAGCCCGUCCACAUUACUGCGUCGAAUGCGACAAAUCGUAUAAAACAAGGAAAGGACUAAGGCGGCAUCUGUUGGAAGGCGCUUCACAUGUUGGAAAGAAAACUCACUCAUGCCACCAUUGCCUGAAAAGCUUCACUUCAGAGAAACUCCUGGCGUCUCACAUCAGCUCCGUGCACACGAGGGAACCUGACUCCUGUACUCUUUGCCAGAUGACAUUCCUGACGUCUGCAAGUUUGAAGAAACACAUCCGAAGUGUACACGAACCGGCAGUCUAACCCAGAGGCUACUUAACUUGAAAAGAGCCAUCCGCGGCAGUGGGGGAACCUGCAGCGUUCGGGCGUUGUCGGCUCCGUUCGGCUCACCAUUUCUCCGAGCAAUUAUUAUACUCUGUAUCUUUAGAUAUUUAAAUAAAAGUAAACAAAUAAUUUGUAAAUUUUCGGGUAGUUAUAAUAUUUACUGGUUAACCAACCAAAUACAUAACCGCCUGGAUCUAUGACUGAACGAACUGACUUUAACCUACAUUAUUUGAUCAUGUUAUAUUUUCAUCUACCCUCAACUGGCUUAAUUAGCCAUUUGAGGGUAGAUUUUGUUUACUUUUAUUUAAAUACCUAUAGAUACAGAGUAUAGGGUUGGCAAAACUUAACGUCCGUUUGCGUACAAAACCACAGAGAAGAUAAUGACUUGAAUGUUUACCACCCUAAAUAGCUGAAAGGGAUAGUGUCACACAUAGAAAGGACAACGUGAUUCGUCCCUGAAUCGCUGUCAUACCUCGUUUUUGUAGGAAGAUUUAUUAUUUAU